AUUUCUUUUCUCCUCAUUCUUAUCAAACACAGUAACACUCAAAAAUUUUCAGUUUCACGUUCAAGUUUCAAACUGACGAAAUGUUUGAAAAACAUCUGAGUUAGAAGUAAAAUAAUUGGAAUUACAUUCAAGAAAGUAUCUCUACAUAUUACUGUGUAAUCGUUUGAGACAGAAAAUCAUCAUCGAGAAGAAUUUUUCCAUGAAGCAUGCUUAAAUUUUCGAACUGCGUUGAUUCGAUAAAAAUUUUCACUUUAAAGGCACGCCUAAUUUUGUAAAAAAAAACAGAGGUAUCGGACUCAACACUGCCUUGUAAUGUUGACUGAGCAAGAGAAGAAGGCUCUUCUGCAUUUCACCCAUUCUUCAUCAGUUUUCAACGACGCGCGGUUGAAAAGUUUGGCAAGUUCUAUUACCAAUGGAAGAAUGAACCCCAUUUCUCGUGAAGAAUCCGUGAAAUGUAUUCUUUUACAUGCUGACUCGUUACUUUCAGUAUUGAGAAGCAAAAAAGUAACUGCGACAGUUUUGUUGAAAUAUCUUCAUGAGUUGAAUGUUCCCACGCCUGGAAAUGCGGAUAAAGAAGCACUAAUUCAUAAGAUAUUAUAUUCAGAAUGGAAUUUCCCUCCACCAACGCCUUUUCAAGGCAAUUCUAUGAAUGUGCCAGGUUUACAUUCGUCGGGAAAUGUUUCAAACAUAGGUAACGCACCUAUGAACAAUCAAAUUCACAUGAAUCAGGGUGGUGGUUUGCCUCCAUUUCACUUCACUCAACAAUCUAGAAACAGCUUUAGUCAAUUCAAUUCACAAAGUACGCAGAAUGCUCCUACGAUUCCGUUUGCUAAUUCUGCUCAAACAUCAUGUCUGCAGUAUUCUGGACAAAGUGUGAUGAACUCGCAUACUUCUAUACCUCCGAACAGUUCUCUUCAAAUGUACAACAACAAUGCAACGACACCAAAUACAUCACCAUAUGCAGAAGCUAUUUCUAAUCAUAAUUUGGCUAAAGAAGUGAACUCCUUGGCAUUCGACGAUUUCAUGGUGAAUUUCGCGAAACAGUUCUAUGAACUGUUGAAUAACCAAGCUGAUGGUUAUUUUCACGCAUUAAAUCAAUCGCAUUUUUUUGACGAAUGUAAAAUAGCGAUACAAAUCAAAGGAGAAACAGAAGAUAUUGAACAGAUAGGCGAAUCUGUAAGAGAUGUAUUGAAGUUAUUGUCAGACCUCAGACAAGAACAUAAUCUAUUAUUCAACCCAAAUCUCACCGCCGAAGGAAUUCGUGGUAAAACUGACAGUCAUGGGUUAAUCUACGCCGUAGCCAGUGGCACGCUGCAUCAUGGUGUUGGAAAAUUAGUCGGUGUCUAUGAACAGAGUUUCAUUUUGCGAAAAGAUCCUUUUGAACAGAACAGUUGUAAAAUCGCUGAUACAACUUUAAUUUUGAGAAGCAAUAGUUCUGUGAAUACAUUUUCUCAAUUAUUACUGCCUACCAGUGGAAGAAGUAGCCAGCGUAAUUUUGCUAUUCAAGACGCCCCUCCGUCGGGUAAUCAAUUGCAACUAACCUACCAUUCGUGAUCGGGUAUUUCUCAUGUAGAGUGUACCUAACGUACCUAUACCUACCAUUUUCAAUAAAAAGUGUUACGGGUGAACCGUUGAUUUUCUUUAUAUGUAUGUAUGUAUUAUUACAAAAUGUCAACGACUGA